AUGGCCAACAACAUUGCAGCGCGUGCGCCGCUGGUCGCAGUGGUUGGUGCUACGGGCACAGGCAAGUCUGAGUUGGCUGUGAACAUUGCUCGUAAAUUCAAUGGUGAAAUUAUCAAUGGCGAUGCCAUGCAACUCUACGAGGGCUUGCCGAUCAUCACAAAUAAAAUGCCUGAAGAUGAGCGUGCUGGUAUACCUCACCAUCUCCUCGGGUGUAUAGGCUUGAACGAAGAGACUUGGACUGUAGGCAACUUCGUCUCGAAUGCGCUUGCCAAAAUCAGCGAAAUUCGAGCACGAGGCCGAUUGCCUAUUUUGGUCGGCGGCACACAUUAUUACACACAGUCAUUACUCUUCAACGACGCACUCGCGAACAAAUCUCAAGAUGAAGAGCCAGUUUCAAAUCCAGAAAGACCUGCUAUUCUUGAAGAAUCUACUGAAGUACUCCUUGCAAAGCUUAGAGAGGUUGACCCAGUAAUGGCUGACAGAUGGCACCCCAAUGACCGCCGCAAAAUACAAAGAAGUCUUGAGAUCUGGCUGCAGACUGGUCGCAAGGCCUCGGACAUCUACGAAGAGCAAAGAACACGACGAGAAGCUUCUGGCCAGGAAGUGCUCUCGGAUGAAGCUCAAGACGCGUCUCUUCUCCGUAUGAGGACUCUCGUAUUGUGGGUCGGCGCUCAAUCAGACACACUCUCCAAACGUCUGGAUGCCCGUGUCGACAAGAUGGUUACACAAGGCCUCCUGGACGAGGUUUCCACCCUCUCAGAGUUCUAUGACAGCAGGAUCGCAGACGGUGAGUCAAUCGAUACGACCAGAGGCAUCUGGGUAGCCAUCGGGUACAAAGAAUUCUUGGACUACCAAGCUGCUUUGCGAAAAGGCGACACAAGCCCAAAGCAGCUCAACAAGCUACUCGCAGAAGCGAUCGAGAAGACCAAAGCCGGUACACGACAGUAUGCAAAGCGUCAAAUUCGAUGGAUUCGCAUCAAGCUCAACAAUGCUAUCGAUACAGCUGGAGCUAAAGGCUCGUUCUUCAUGCUUGACGGAUCAGAUCUGGCGAGCUGGAACCAAAAUGUAUCAGAGACUGGACUUGACUUGGUCGACAGCUUCCUCAAAGAAGACACGCUGCCUGAUCCUGCAAGUCUAUCGCCGCUCGCAGCUGAGAUGCUGACGGCCUCGAAACCCGACACCAGCGCUCGCUCAGAUCUUUGGAGUCGCAAGCACUGUGAAGUCUGCAAUACAACAUCUGUUACGGAGAGUGACUGGACCAUUCAUGUCAACAGCAAACGACACAAAAAGGCCAUGUCAAGUCAGAGAAAGCGUGUUCUCAAUGGAACUGCACAAACAGUGAUAUCUCCAAAACAGGAGGUCAUCGAAGAACAACCAAAAGAAGACUGA